AUGUACUCCGCUGUACGCACACAACACACGCUCCAGCACCCCGUCGCGAGCCCGUCCUCGACCGCGACCGCCCUCGCGCUCAUCCGCUCACAGCCGAACCAAUACGUGAUCGCCUCCAUAGCAGGCAGAAAAUACCUCCUCUCCCCCCGCGACCUCCUCACCGUCCCCCGCCUCAACGACGCGAACGUCGGUGACGUCCUCUCCCUUUCCCAAAUACACGAGAUCGGCUCCCGCGAGUACACCCUCCGCGGAAACCCAGACAUCGCACCCGAUGCCGUCUCCGUCGAGGCUACCGUCGUCGAGCACACAAAGGGCAGGAUGGAGCACAUAUUCAAGAAGAAGCGUCGAAAGGGUUACGAGAGGACGAUCAAGCACAAGCAGACCUACACGCGCCUCAGAAUCGGUCCCAUCGACAUUUGUUUGAGUCAAGAGCCAUCGUCGUCGUCACCUCCAUCGUAG